CGAUGGCAUUUUUAAUGUGCGGACGUGUCGCAUUCUCAAAGCACGAGCGGAACCGGGAGCGCGCACUCGGUACCCCCCCCUCCUCCCAAACAAACACACACAUCACCACCAUCCAGCUUCAGCUGCUGGAGGGGGCCACAUGCAUCGACAGGGACCAACGUGAACGCGUCCGGUUCCUCUCUCCCCCUUCUCUCGCGCUCUCUCCUCGAGCCUUUCCACGUUGCGCGCUCCCGCACAGAGACAGGCUUCAGGGAGCCCAGAGAGCAGACGAGCGACAGCGGGGGAGAGAGAAAGAUGGAGGUGAGGGUCGGGGAGAGACUCUUGUGCCUGGCCGUGCUGUCCAGCGUCCUCUGCGUGGACUCAGUCCUCGGGAAAUACGUCAAAGGCAUCGUCAACACCAAAGAGGACUGGGUUUUUCUCACUCGCUUCUGCUUUCUCACCGACUUUGGACGUCUGGACUUCCGGUUCCGUUAUCCAAAGUCUCGCUGCUGUCAGAACAUAUUGCUCUACUUUGAUGACAGUUCUCAGUGGCCAGCUGUGUACAAGAGGCCUGAAAAGAACUGCUACCAGAAGGAAGCGGUGCUGAGGCCUGAGAACAACCAAGUCAUUAACCUUACCACACGGUACACCUGGUCAGGCUGUGUGGUGGAGGGAGACGGGAACGAGGAAGUUCUGAGCUGUGUGGGCGGCCGCAGUUUCCGCUCGGUGAGGGAGAGAUGGUGGUAUAUCGCUCUCAGCAAGUGUGGGGGCGAUGGCUUGCAAUUGGAGUAUGAGAUGAAACUGACCAAUGGCCAGUCUUUCUGGACGCAGCAUUUCUCUGCAGACGAGUUCGGAAUCCUAGAGACGGACAUCACGUUCCUGGUCAUCUUCUCCAUGGUGUUCCUGCUCUCCUGCUUCUUUGCCUACAAUCUGAAGGGAAGACAGCUUCUUCACACAACCUACAAAAUGUUUAUGACGGCGGCAGGUGUGGAGGUGCUCAGCCUGUUGUUCCAUUGUGUCUACUGGGGCCUGUAUGCAAGAGAUGGAGUUGGCAACGGCAGCCUGAAAAUACUCGGGAAAUUACUGUUCUCCGUCAGUUUCCUGGUGUUCCUUCUGAUGCUCAUAUUGUUGGGCAAAGGUUUCACUGUCACCAGGGCGAGGAUCAGUCACAGCGGGUCGGUUAAGUUGAGCAUCUACAUGACAGUCUACACAAUCACCUACGUCAUCCUCUUCAUCUAUGAGGCUGAGUUCUUCGACCCAGGUGAAGUGCUGUACGCCUACGACAGCCCUGCAGGGUAUGGACUAAUGGGACUACAGCUGCUGGCGUACGUGUGGUUCUGCUACGCCGUGCUGGUCUCUCUGAAACACUAUCCGGAAAAGCAACCCUUCUAUAUCCCUUUCUUCACCACGUACACACUAUGGUUCUUCGCAGUGCCCGUUAUGGCCCUGAUCGCUAACUUUGGUAUUCCUCGUUGGGCCCGGGAGAAGAUCGUCAACGGCAUUCAGCUCGGCAUCCACCUCUACGCUCACAUCGUCUUCCUUGUUAUCACACGACCUUCAGCAGCCAAUAAGAACUUCCCGUACCACGUUCGGACAUCCCAGAUUGGGAUCCUGCUCUCCAGUCCGAAAGGGGACGAGGGGGGCGAGAGCUUCCCCCAUCAUGCCUACGGAAAUAGCUCCUUCCUAGGAGACUCUCAACCCAACUUCACUGAACUCUUCUCCAUCCAAUCAGAGCCAGUAAAGACGGUGGAGGAGACGGUGGCCCGUAAAGGACCAGAGGUGCCGAGGAACAGCGAGCAGAAGAUCAUCACCACUGCUGCUGACUUGACAUCGAUAUUGCCCCCACCCCCGCCUCCGAUACCCCCCCGCCCGGCCGCACGCUCACCCCCUCUACCGCCUCGGCUCCCCUCCUUCACCGAGUAUUUCAGCAUGCAGAGCGGAGGAGGAGGAGGAGGGUUCGGAUCAAAGGCAUGAGAAAGAGCGAGACGGGACAGAUGGAGAUGGGGGAAGGCAUGGAAGGAGCAGACAGAAUGACAAUACAAAGUAAAGAAAGAAAGUGGAAAUCAAGGUGGUACUGUUUGAGACAGCCAAAAAAAAGUUUGGAUGGACAAAGAAGAGAAGUCAUCAGAAAAGAGCAUGUGAAGGUGAAUCUCUAAACGGUCCCUUUUCACCUGUGAGUGGAAAUAACCAGAAUGGAGGAGAAGGAGGAAAUGGCUGUGAGAUAGCAGUGCAGAGGUUGUUAAAGAAUAAAGAAGCAAUAAAUAUUUGAUGUUGACCAGUAAAAGGCACACAGGGAGAAAGAUGACAAAGUGGAUGUAGCCAGAGCAAUAGAAUGAUAGCUGUGCACGACGCGGAAAUGGAACAAAAUUCUGAAAUGCUUUUAUUCAAAAAUUCAUGAGGCAUUGAUGGUGUGCCUGGGAGAGUUUGUAAAUAGUUAAAAUUGGAGAGAGCUACCACUCUGUAUAGUUUUUAUUUAAAAAAAAGAAAAAAAAGGAAAUUAAUUUUUUUUUUUUUCCCCACAUUGAAUUCCAGUUGGUGCUGUGACCACCGAAAAAUCUCAUGCCAUUACAUUUAUCUGAUUCAUGUAAAAAAAAAAAAAAAAGAAAAAAAAGAGACUUUUUUAUGUUUGACACAUUUUGAUAAAGCAUAGAUAUUUACUCUAUAUGGAGUUUGUUGCAUUAAUUUAUAUUCUUAUAUGCCUUCAUUGCAGCUGGUUAUUCUGGAUUGAUAUGCUGAUGUGUAAAUGUAAAAUGUCACGUUUACUGUGGGCACUUCUAGGUACGUACUCGUAAAAAAAACACGCAUGUUUGUAUCGUAUUUCCCGUCCAAAAAGCUGAUAUAUGUACUACACGUGACCAUACAAUAUUUGCUUAUUGUGUGUAUUGAAAUCGAAACUUUUGUAAAUACAUACAAUAGGCUUGAGUAUAUUUUUGACUGGAUAAAUUCUGUUCAUCGUUAUUCCAAUCUAAACCCUCUUGCGCUGUUUGAAACACAAUAUAAAACCAAUAUUAUACUAUAUCGGUUUUAGUUGAAUUCACGCUGGAGUGCAGAAUGUUCCUGCUCAAAAAUGUCAUUUCUCUGUGUAUGUAGACGUUGGUGAAUGUACUGAUGCAAUACAGCACAAGGACAGGGGUGAUUUUCAAGUUACUGGAAUGCUACAACUGUGUCUAUUUUUCUUUUCUCUCUCUAUCUCUCUCUCUGGCCACUCUAUCUACAACACAUCAACACAUCUAUGAUUUAAGAGCAGGAGGCUGCCCUUUUUCUUUUUUUUCUUUACCUACAAGUAACUUCAUCCUCACCCCUGUCUAGUACCUGAAACGUGAAUACUGUAUUUGUAAGCUUUUCGCACCUGAAUGUUUGAACCGUGCGCAAGGUUUAACAAAUAUUACUGGUUUUGUAUCUCCUUACAUUGAGCUAUAACAAGAAAAAAAAAAAAAAAGCCUUGUAGAUGAACUGUGAAAACAGCAACACAACUGUACAUUUUGUCUGUCCUGCAUGGAGCACUUUAAUGUUCCUGGUCUUAGUCUGUUUAUUCGUGAAGAUGUCACCUUAUAAGACUGCUUUGAAACCUGUAUUCACACCACAUCUAGUAGUAUUCCAGAUGCAUACACCUGUAAAUACAGUCUGAAAAUGUCAUUGAUUGUCUGGACAUUUUAGGGAACUUAUCAUGCUUAGUCAACAUAGAAUUGCUGAUGUUGAUAAGUCAUGUAAGAGUGUCAUUGAAUCUGAGUUUACCACCAGCUUCCUGCAAUUCUGAAACUGGAAAAAAGGACUUCUAAUCCAUAAAAACAGUGGUAUUCAGCUAAUAGUUCACAGAUUUAUCUGGCAAUCUUGCUGUAAUGGAGUACUUUAUAGGAUGUUAGGACUGUGGUGUGUAACUUGUAAGAGUGUAGUCAGAGGUGUAACUUAGUCUGUGAAACAGAAUGAUACUUGAAUUAAGAGUACUAGUUGUUAUUUCUGAUUCUGUGUCCGGUUUAUAUUCGGCAUGUCUGCCAUUUUGUCUGCUGUUGCCUAUUGUUAUGGUUGCCAUGACUUGACUGAACAGACACUGGGUGACUAGACUUAAGAGACAGGCUUACUGAUACUGUAUCACUGCUUCAGCAUUGUGUAUAUUGACAUACAAUUGAAGGACACACACUUAGGGAGAGAACAUGGAGAAAAGAGAUUAUGUAUGCAUGACAGAAAACAGCACAGCUUUUAGGCUACUCAGAGCGAUCUGAUUAAGAGCACAUCACUGAAGCACUGUUCAAAUGCAUUUUAAUGGUGUCAAAUGACAAUUCUAAAUACGCUGUACAUAUACACUUUUUGCCAAAAUAAUAAAAAAAUGGUUUUAUUAGA